CGCUUAGGAUCCAAAGAAGUUGGGCCGUACUUUAGCGAAGAGUCGAUGCCUACGGAGGUUCAAGAUGCCCUUGUGAAUGGCGGUCUGCCCCGUCGGAUUGAAUUCCGAGGUCGUGAUGGCCGCCUUCGCCGUGAGACCAUCUAUCGGAACCAAACAGACGGCAUAAUCUUUGUCCUUGGCGACGUGUGUGCCAUGGACAGGACCACGACAAAAACAUACUUGUGUCACCACGCCGUUCGUCAUGUGUAUAAAAUUCAGUGCGCUGGACAAUUCUGCGGGUACUGGGCGAUCCAGACGGUGCUGACCUGCCUUCAAUACAUGGACCCUGCGGGACCUCAAUGGAUUCCCAACGUGCUUCAAAUACAAAGGGCGAUCGAAGCUGCAUGGGAUCAAGACAUAUGUAUCGGAGGCCGCAUUGAGCUGGGCAACAUCUGCGGUACGCGCAAAUGGAUUGGCUCUAAUGAAUCAUUCGCAUUCUUCCAAUACACUGGAUGGAAUCCAACAUACUGGGCUUUUCAAAGCGACCCGGGACCUGGUGGAGAGACGGCGGCCAAGAAACUGCUAGACUAUGUCGAGGCUUAUUUCAUCAGUGGGGAGGACGAGGCAUACAGGAAUCGCACAUCGUUAGAAACAAAGCUGCCUCCCAUCUAUCUACAACGCCCAGGGCACGCACUGGUCAUUGUCGGGCUGGAGAAGAAGAGCAACGGCACACGCAAUCUGCUUGUAUUUGACUCUUCAUACGAGGCAUCAACGAAUAUGCAGCACCUCGCAGCCGGCCGACCCAUUCAUGCUUCGAUCCGGAAAUUAUUGGGGGUCUACCGGCGUCCAGAAGAGCGUCUGAACGACGAGCCCAGCUUUGAGGUUAUUGUGUAG